AAUGUAGUGUCACUGUGACGCAAAAUGUAAAUGAAAAAAAUACUAACUUAAUAAUAACUUAUUAUUGACCAGCUAUUAUUGACAAUUCUUCAAUAUGAAAACAAACACUGCAGUGGUAUAAAAUUAACCUAAUUUUUCUAAGGAAGUUUGUUUAUAAGCGUACUGCGGAAAAUAUUUGUAUCGUAUAGUCGUACCAGUGAGCAUUAUACUUUCUGCGAAUACAAGUUUUGUCGUGCGUCGUCGUAAAAGUGUAGACUUUCUGCAAAUUUCCUGCUCCUAGCUCCUGGGCUCCUGGUUCCUAUUCCUGGCCGUUGUUAAAACCAAAGAGCAUACAAGAUAAAAGUUUUUUUUAUUUACUCUAUGACAGAUGGCGACGCGAAGCGAAGAAAAGAGACAAUUGUGCGACGAAAUCGGCCAUUGUAGUUGCGUCGCGAAUGUGUUUUUGUUUAAUAUAAAUGUAUCCCAUUGUCUAAGAUGCCUAAAAAUAUUACAAGUGAGGUCCGUGAAAUAAUCCUUAAGGUUAAAGAGUUCAUGGACGAAGAGAAACGAAUGCAAGCUCCAAUAAUUCCGCUUAGUAAAGUGUACGUCAGAGUUUCAGCCGCCACAGGUGUUUCUGAGCGUACAGUACUAAACAUUGUAAAGGAAGCUAGAUUAGUUGAACAGGGUCUCCUAGAUCCUGAAACUUUGAGAAAGACCCCAAAGAAAAGAGUACGGACUAAAGGAAAAAUUGAGGUGGAUGAAUAUGAUUUGCAAGUGAUUAGGAGAAAAAUUCAUGAGUUUUAUGCAUUCAAGAAAGAAGUACCAACAAUUAAUAAACUGUUGCAAAUACUAAAAGAAGAAAUCAAUUUCAAGGGUUCUAGAGAAACACUUCGAAAAAUUUUACGUAAAAAUGGAUUUCAGUUCAGAAAAUCGAAACAUGUCAAAGAUAAGGAACCUGCAAUGGCAUCAACAUCAACAGUUCCUCCAUACAUUCAUACAAUGUUUAGUCAUAAGCCGUAAACCCUUCAUGUAUUAUACUUUAGAAUCAAGUUACUUCAGUGGUAGCUAAAUCUAUAUUACAUUAUUUUAAAAUCUUAUUUUGUAAGUGUAUUGAUUUAAAAGUAGAUCUUAAUUGUUAAUUGAAGAACUUGAAAAAGUAAUGUUCUUUAUUUUAUUUAGUGAGACAAUAAGUGAGGCCUACCAUACCAGUAUAUAAAUUUUUACUUCUUAAAAGGUUGUAAGUAGGUACAUUGCAAGCACAGGAGUACAGAUUUGUUUUAUUUUAAGAUGUAUUGAUAAAUUAAAUCUGAGAUGCAGGUUAUCAUUUUAUAGAAAAUAUUGUAGUGCCUAUUUUUUAAGCUUCAAUUAUUUCAGUGUCCUAUACUUAGAUCUGUUUUUUAAAAGAUUUGUAGGUUCAAUAAACUAUUUGUUCUUUUUGACCUUUCCUAUGUAUAAUGUUACAUAUUAUAUAGGGUCAAUUUUUUUAUGUAAAUAAUGAUAAUACAUAUUUAUAUUAUACAUAUGCGAAUAUCAAAAUAUUUGACUGAUAUCUUUAAUUUGUGCUAAGAACCAUAAGUAUAUGACAGUUUGCCUGUAGGUAUCUUAGACCAAAAUCCGUGUUUAAAACAUAAUGUUCUCUGUUUGACGAAGAUAAUGAUAAUAUUGUAGAAACAAAGAUUUUGGUCUCAGAAAACGGUGAAUGUGAUUAAACAAAAAUUUAUACAUAAAAUUUUUAACAGUAUUUUAAAUUAUUUCUAACUAAUGAUACAUAAUGGUUUUAUUAUGAGUAUAAGUAAGCAAUGACAUGUAAAUUUAGAGAAUAUUAA